UUACUGCUUUUCACUGGUGAUACAAUUUUUCCUUCAGUUUCAUCUUGAAUUAUACUAUCAUCAUUUUCGGCAUCACUAGAGACCAAUUGCUGGAGUUCCGAUGUCUCUCUUGGUUCCAUAUUAAAUAAUUACAGAUAAUAAUGAUUAUGGAAAAACUAAUCUUUAAUCUUGGGUUUCCGUUUCUGGUAAAUAUUUAUAUUAUUUAUUUAUUUAUCAAAAAAAUGUCCUGUCAGAAGUCAGUAUGACAAAACGUCAGAAUCAGUAUGGUCUAAAACUUUCUACUCCAACAGCCAUAUGUUAUAAAUUCGUUUUGGUUUUGAAGGAUUUUAUUUUAAAAUUGAAAAAUAAAUACUUUACUAAAUAUAUUAAAUAGGUACUUUACAUUUGUAUAUUUUUUCAAAAGCAAAAGAUUGGAAAAAUAGGAAAACUAAAACAGCUGAUUUUGACAGUGACAUAUCUCUUUGGAUUUGUUUUGACAGUGACAUAAUUGUGAUUGUGGGAGGAAUAAGUUAAAAAUGAAUAAAAACAAAUUUUUAUAUUUUACCAGAAUUUUAAAUGUUUUCUUCAGUUCGUUUUUAUAGUAUAAUAUAUUUUAAGCAUAAUUUUUAAUUACAAUCAUGAGUGAAUCAUCUCACUAUAUAUCAAAAUAUCAGCAAUUGCUGAGAGACCUAAAAAGCACUGUGGAAGGCUUAUUGAUGACUCAGGUUGCUAAUGUAUGGUCAGUUUAUGGUGGCUUAAAUAGAUUCCAUACUAUAGUUGAUAAAAUAUUUAGGCAUGGAUCUAAAGGAUCAGAAGAAGAAUCUGGUUAUUACAAUUUCAUUCAAGGCUUGGAAUGGCUACAACCAGAAAAUUCGAAAUCAUAUUUCUCAAUAGACUGUGAAUAUCGGCCACACAUUCCGUCCCAUUUAAAAAAUAAAAAAUCUGCCAUUUGGUUAUACAGAAGCCUUGAAAAUCAUUCUUUAUCACAAAAAUUAUCUUGGCUUCUUUCCGACAAAAACCAUUUAUCCAAGUGUUACCAUGAUUAUGCUUUUCUUUGUCAAGAGAAAUAUGCAGAAGCAACGUUAAUAUGUUUAAGAGCAGUCGAAAGAAACCAAGCUAGUUUAAUGUCGGAAAUUAAUCCUUCUUUGUUUCUUCAAAAACCUAGUCAAUUUCUCAAGAUUCAUAGAAGAUGCUCGUCUUUUCCUGAUAAUCAUAUGCAAAAAAUUUAUGAGGAAAAAUUAAAUAUCAGAAGACGAACUAUACAAAAUUUUCAAAACGAAGUCAAUAAAAAAAUAGCAACCGGAAAAAUACAUGGAAAAUUAAAAGCUUGGCACAGUAUGCCUUCUCUUUUGUCUGUGCAGCAUAAUAUUUUUAAAAAUAGGCCCCGUUUUGAGAGCAAGACUACUCCAUCAACACCAAUUCAUUCUAAAAAGAUAUCUCCAUCACUACUUAAGGUCGAUUAUAGAACUCUUCAACCUAUUCCCAAGAAGUUAAACAUCAAAAGAAACCGUCAAAAUAUCAAACCUCCUGAUGUGAAACAUAUCAUUAUUGAUAAUUGUAGUAUAGUGGAACAUACUCCAUCUUUGAGUAGCUCACAAAGCAGUGGUACCAUAAUGAAUGAAGAAUUAACACAAUCUACUGUAUCAAUGCCUGAGACUAAAUCGAAAGUUAGCAAUAUUUUAUCUCAAUCACCCUUGACUGUAGUUGAUUCGUUUUUGCCAAUGCCUGGAGAGAAAGAUUACAAGAGAUUGCCAAAGAAAACGUUUAUAGAAGAUGGAGGCAUGAGUGUACUCCCUAUGGCAACUGGUUACUUUCCAAAACCCACCAAAGGCCAAAGUCUUCUCUCAUUCUUGACAUCCAGUCAAUUUGCCAGAGCAAAUGCCGAACUGGAUAGAGAAAAUGCACAUUUCAGCAUUUCGGAGGCCAUUAUUUCUGCAAUGGAACAGAUAAGAUGUAAAAGACAUUCUAAUAUAGGCGAAGAACAAAUGGAUGAUAGCGAUCCUGAAAUAGUAGAACUCAAGCAAAAGAUAAGGUUACGGAGAACCAAAAGAGUAUUAGAAAAGCAAAAGAAAAAUAUGUCAUUUAGUUUGAUGAGUGAUGGAAAAACGGAUACUGCUACAACAGUCAGCCCUUGUUCCACACCCCCAGACGCAACUUCUGAUGGUUCAAGUUCUGACGAUGUAGAAGAUCUGGAAAUGAACGAAACGUCGAAUCUCGAGGAAAAUGCCGGUUUAUCAAUGUCGAUGGCGUCUCUCUUUUCCGAAGCGGAUAUCAUGAAACGACACACCCGUGGUGCUCCAGAUGGUGCUUCAGAUAUAUUGUCUGCGGAAGGUGUUGCAAUCUCUCUAAUUAGUAAAUUUAGUGAUAAACAGUUACCACGUGCUUCUGAUUUGGAAUGGUUAGUUUCUGAGGAAGAUGCUCCCCAAGCAUUGUUACCUCUUCCUAAAAGUUGGCCUGUUAGUCCUGACUCUGCGGAAGAAAAUAUAACUCCUCUGAGGGGAACACAAGAGUGGGCUCCGCCUAGAGCACAAAUAAUUUUUACAAUACAUCCAGCCACAGCUAGAAAAGUUUUGAUGUCGAAACAAAACUACAGGUGUGCCGGAUGCAGUAUGAGAGUGGCGCCGAAAUAUGCAUCACGAUUUCGUUAUUGUGAAUACUUGGGUCGGUAUUUUUGUACGGGAUGUCAUAAAAACCAGUUGGCACUUAUACCGGGACGAAUACUUCAGAAGUGGGACUUCAAAAGAUAUCCAGUAUCAACAUUCUCUUAUCGAUUAUUAGAACAAAUGUACACCGAUCCAUUAUUUAGAGUUUUUUCUCUAAACAAAAACAUAUCGAAAUCGACAAAGAAUCUCGAAUUUUGUAGAAGAUUAAGACUUGGUAUAUACUACUUAAAGGAUUUUAUUUUUACCUGUAGAUAUGCUGAAUCUUUAAGGAUCCGAGAAAAAGUAGAAGAAAUGGGAUCCGCCUUGACCCAGCCUGAUUUUUACUCUAUGGAUGACCUGGUUAAAAUUAAAAGUGGAGAAAUGAGCUCAAAAUUAAAAGUUAUGGUGGAUAUUUGCUGUAAACAUACUUCCGAAUGCAAGCUAUGUUUGGCCAGAGGAUUUUUCUGCGAACGCUGCAAAGCAGAUGAAGUGAUAUUUCCGUGGCAGUUAAGGACUGUAUCUAGAUGUGAUAAAUGUGGCAGUUGUUACCACUUAGCGUGUUGGCGUCCAGGAAACUCCCCAUGUAUAAAAUGCUGUAGAUUACAAAAAAGAAAAGAAAGCACUGACAGUAGUAUUAGGAUCAAUAAUGAAUAAUAACUUGUAGAAGUGAUUU